CUAUCUAUUGCCAUGGUAGCAAGUAAAUUUGGGAAAGUCCCUAAAGGGUCAGUACUGUCUUAUCAGCAAAAACUGUCCAAUGAAUAUGUCAUAAAUGACUAUUUUAGUCCACAAUUUCCAGCAUUACCACUGGAGAAUUCACAAGAAAGGAUUACAAAUAACUACCUCAUCUGUUUACCUGUGCAGAAACUUGCAGGCCUUAACUCUAUCAGUGUGACACUGGACCAAGCUGUUGAGAUAGAACACAAGACACUCUCACAGUCAGCAAGUCAGCUAUGGUAUUCUCUGCGCGAAAAGAGAAUCACUGCAAGCAAAUUUGGGCUAGUGGCUAAAAGGCAAUCUGGUUUCGAWAAUCUAGUGAAACAACUCAACCCUACGAAGAGAGUGGUUACACCUGAUAUGCAACGUGGAAUCGAUAUGGAGCCAAAAGCAGUAGAGAUAUAUGCAAAUGUUGCAAAGGAAGGAAAAGUGAAUAUAUAUCCUUCUGGAUUAAUUAUCAACCCUUUCUGCCCUUGGCUUGGCGCUUCACCAGAUCGCAAAGUAUACGACUUUGAUGCUGAGGAUGCAGGCCUUUUGCCCUUUGGACUCCUUGAGGUGAAAGUUCCCAAGGAGGGUACUAGAGACUUCAGCACAGUAUUUUACAUAGAAAAAGGACUUGAUGGCCAACUUAUGCUCAAAAGAAACCACCAGUACUAUCACCAAGUUCAGUGUCAAAUGGCUUUGACUGGAUUAGAUUGGUGUGACUUUUUUAGCUACAUUAAUGACUCUGUAUAUCAUUGUGAAAGGAUUUUAUUUGAUCAAGACUUUUUUGAACAAAGUAAAGACAAGGUUGACAGUUUUUAUUUCAAUUAUUAUUUAAGAUAAUAGUAACAAUUUUGUAAAAUACUUGAUUUCUUCACAGGCUAAGUAAAACCAUUAAUGUCACAAAUGUUUUGG